AUGUUAAAAAAGCAGCAUCAGCUGCCCUACGGAGACAUCAUCGAAUUGCUAGGUGAUGGGAGAGAUUCAGAACUAUCAUCAUUGUCAGGCGACGACGAUGAUUUUGUUGAUGACAAUGAAUACCCUUGUUCAGAAAUCGAAAAGUCUAGUAAAGAACAAAUGUUUGAAAAUGUACUUGAUGAUUUUGAACUGUUUGAAUUCGAAGAUGGUGAAGAUUUCAACGUUUUUGGCAUAAAUAAUGAAACAGUUGAAGAUGAACAGCUAUCAGAUAACAAUGCUUAUGCUAGGCCAAGUACACCUACAUUACCACCACGUCAGAUAGCAAUAAGACCUGUUGAAAAUGUACUUGAUGAUUUUGAACUGUUUGAUUUCCAAGAUGAUGAAGAUUUCAACGUUUUUGGCAUAAAUAAUGAAACAGUUGAAGAUGAACAGCAAUCAGAUAACAAUGCUUAUGCUAGGCCAAGUACACCUGCAAUACCACCAUGUCAUAUAGCAAUAAGACCUGUUGUUGAACACGGACUACACCUCAAUAACCUACCAUAUUACACAAAAAAUGAAAUUAAAUGGUCAAAUAGACCGUUUGUCAGUAAUUUCUUAAAGAUUUCGCAACCAGCUCCAGAAUUAUCAACUACUUAUAAGACUCUAUUACCAAUAGAAUAUUUCAGUAAAUACUUUCCUGAGGAAGAGUUUGAAAAUAUGGCCAAGUACACAAAUAUUUAUGCCAAACAAAAUAAUUUCAUAAAGUAUGUAGAUACUACACCUUCAGAAAUGAAGGUGUUUGUGGGUAUACAUUUGAAGAUUGGUUGUCAAAAACCUAGUAGAAUAAGAUCAUGUUGGACUAAUGAGGACAGAGUAAAUAUAAUUGCUGAUAAUAUGUCUCGAAAUCGUUUUUUUCAGUUGAGGUCUUGUUUUCAUGUAAUGAAUAACGAUGACAUUCCUGAAAACAAUGUUGAUAAAUUUAUAAAAGUUAGACCACUUUUUAAUUCUUUUAUAAAACGUUGUAAAGAAUUGCCAGUAGAAACUAAUCUAGCUGUUGAUGAAAAAAUGGUCAAAUUUAAAGGGAAAUUAGGUGUCAAACAAUACAUGAAAGGCAAACCCUGCCCUUGGGGUAUUAAAAAUUUUUUACUCUGCUCUGCUAAUGGUAUGGUUUAUAAUAUGAUUUUAUACCAGGGCAGUUCAACUGAAAUAAAUCAUGAAAUAACAAAAAAAUAUGGCCUCGGGGGUUCCACAGUUCUACAAUUAGUUGAACACAUAGAUAAAAAUGAACAUUAUUUAUAUUUUGAUAAUUUUUUUAGCUCUUACAAUCUAUUUACAUCACUUGAGUGUUUGGGAAUUAAAGCAGCUGGGACAGUUAGACUUAAUCGUUUUGCUAAUCCUCCAAUUGUGAGCGAUAAAGAGCUAAAUACAUUAGGAAGAGGAGCUUCAUAUGAAGUUACCUCAACAGAUGGAAAAGUUGGUCUGAUUAAAUGGUUGGAUAAUAAAUCUGUAAGUCUCGCGUCUAACUUUGUAACUUCAGGCAGCCCAGAUAUAAUUAAACGGUAUGAUAAAAAAAAUAAAUGUUAUGUUGAAGUAGGUCGCCCUGAAAUUGUGAAAUUAUAUAAUGAUUCAAUGGGUGGGGUGGAUUUGCAUGACCAACUCAUUAGCUAUUAUAGAGUGUUUAUAAAAUCUAGGAAAUGGACUCUGCGUAUGCUGUUUCAUGCCUUUGAUAUGGCCACUUGCAAUGCAUGGUUGGAGUAUAGAAAUGAUGCUGAAACAAUAAAUUUACCAAAAAAAAAAGUAAUGGACUUAUUAGGCUUUAAGCAAAAUUUAGCUUCUACAUUGAUUUCUGUAGGGAGUUCUGUAGUAACACCUUCCAGAAAACGAGGGCGCCCGUCGUCAUGUAACAAAAUUAUAGUUCAACCUAAACCAUGCAAAAAAAAUCGUUUAAUUGAUAGAUACCCCACUGAUGUGAUGAGAAAAGAUAACACUGGCCAUUAUGCAUACAUGGAUAACUUGAGAGAUGCCACAUUCUGUAAGUUAGAGGGUGUAGUUAGAUGUAAAAAAAGAACCCAUAUGACAUGCAAAAAAUGCAAUGUCCAUUUAUGUAUAACCAAGACAAGGAAUUGUUUUUAUGAUUAUCAUAAUUAA